AUGACUCAAUUCGAGCUGAAGGUGGCCACUCGUGCCAACCACUCUGCAAUCCUGCCCGUGGUUCUCAUCGCAACCUCCAUCAACGAGGCUCGCCCCAGCCCCGUCAUCAACAUCUCCUAUGAGGACACUGCCCUCCUCCAGGAUGGUGACAAGGCCGUUGUGCAGCUCACUAGCGGCACCAACAAUGUCUUUGGAACUAUCAGUGUUAUCCAAAGCCUUACCGAGAGCUUCCCCUUCUUAAUUGGCAAGGAUGCUAAGGCUGAAACCGAGUGGAUCUCUCAGUUGGAUUUCUUGAACACCUUCGAUUUCAAGGCUCUCGAUCCUGUUCUCCAGCGCAUUGACACCCACCUUCUCCUGCGCUCCUUUAUUGUCGGAUACUCUUUGUCUACACCGGACAUCGCUCUCUGGGGUGCUCUCCGCGGCAACCGAGUUGCUGUUGCUGCUCUGAAGAAGGGUACCCUUGUGAACAUUACCCGUUGGUUCCGUUUCAUUGAAGAGCUUUGCCCCUGGACCUCCGUUGCUCUCGAGUCCAUGAACGCUGUCGCCAAGGAGAAAAAGACCGCCAAGUCUAAGGAAGGUGCCAGCUAUGAUAUUGCUCUCAAGAACACUGAGAACGGUGUUGUUACCCGUUUCCCUCCCGAGCCCUCUGGAUACCUCCAUAUUGGUCACGCUAAGGCUGCUCUUCUCAACGAUUACUUUGCGCAUGAGAAGUACAAUGGCACUCUUCUUCUGCGCUUCGACGACACCAACCCCUCGAACGAGAAGGAAGAGUUCCAGGAUGCCAUCGUGGAGGACCUUGCCCUCAUGGGUAUCAAGCCCAACAAGAUGACUUACACCAGCGACUACUUUGACGAGCUGUACGACUUUUGUGUUAAGAUCAUCAAACAGGGCGACGCCUAUGCUGAUGACACCGACAAGGAGACUAUGGCCGCCCAGCGUUUCGACGGUCUUCCUAGCGGUCGUCGUGAUCUUUCCGUCGAGGAGAGCUUGUCUCGCCUUGAGGACAUGAAGACUGGCACCCCCGAGGGUGUUCGCUGGUGCAUUCGUGCCAAGAUUUCCUUCGAUUGCCCUAACAAGGCUAUGCGUGACCCGGUCAUCUACCGCUGCAACCCUGCUCCUCACCACCGCACCGGCACCAAGUGGAAGAUCUACCCCACCUAUGACUUCGCUUGCCCCAUCGUCGAUUCGAUGGAAGGUGUCACCCAUGCUCUCCGUACUAUUGAGUACCGUGACCGCAACCCGCAGUACCAGUGGAUGCUGGACACGAUGAAGCUGCGCACUGUUCAAGUCUGGGACUUCGCCCGCAUGAACUUCAUCCGUACUCUUCUGUCCAAACGUAAGCUCACUAAGCUGGUUGAGGCUGGCGUCGUCUGGGGCUGGGAUGAUCCCCGUUUCCCUACUAUCCGUGGUAUUCGCCGCCGUGGUAUGACCAUUCCUGCUCUUCGCGAGUUCAUCCUGAAGCAGGGUCCCUCCAAGAACAUUGUCAACUUCGACUGGGCUCUUAUUUGGGCUACUAACAAGAAGUACAUUGACCCUAUUGCUGGUCGCCACACCGCUAUCUCCAAUAAGAACGUUGUCAAGACCACUGUCACUGGUUCUCCCGCCCCUUACUCCGAGGAGAAGCCUAAGCACGCCAAGAACGCCGCUGUUGGUAUGAAGAAGGUUGUCUUCGGUCCUUCUAUUGUUCUCGAGCAGGAGGAUGUCAAGCUCUUCAAGCAGGACGAGGAGAUCACCCUCAUGAACUGGGGCAAUGCCAUCGUUCGCAAGAUCACCACUGACACCGCCACCGGUCUUAUCACCGACCUCGAGCUUGAGCUGCACCUUGCCGGUGACGUCAAGAAGACUGAGAAGAAGGUCACUUGGCUCGCUACCGAUCAGGACACCGUCCCCGUCGAACUUGUUGAUUUUGACUACUUGCUCAACAAGGACGCCAUGACCGAGGAUGACAAGCUCGAGGACUGCCUCAACUCCCAGACCGAGUUCCGCGAGGCUGGUGUUGCUGACUGCAACGUUGCCGACCUCAAGGUCAACGACAUUAUCCAGUUCGACCGCAAGGGCUACUACCGCGUUGACCGGGCCUACUCUCCCGGCUCGCCCGCCGUCUUCUUCAACAUCCCUUCCGGAAAGACCAAAUAA